AUGGACCAACUAAAACCAAACUCUGCAAACUCUUCCCCUCUCACCCCUUUAACAUUCUUGGACAGAGCGGGGAUAACUUACGGCGAUUCCACGUCCGUAAUUUACGGUCGCAAAUCCUACACGUGGACGCAGACCAACCGCCGAUGCCUCCAGCUGGCAUCAUCCCUCUCAUCGAUCGGCAUCGGGAGAGGACACGUGGUCUCCGUCCUCUCCUCCAACAACCUCGCCACCUACGAGCUCCACUUCGCCGUUCCAAUGUCCGGCGCCACCCUCAACAACCUUAACCUCCGUCUCGACCACCGCACCCUGUCUCUACUCCUGCGCCACAGCGAAUCAAAGCUCCUCUUCGUUCAUACAAUCUCCCAAUCCCUCAUCCACAAAGCACUCUCUUUGUUCCCUCCAAACACUCCACUCCCGAAGCUCGUUCUUAUCACAGACGAUACGGUCGCGUCACAUCAAAUGAAAACCCCUCUAACAAACCAUGUAACUGUAACUGAAACUGAAACUGAGGCCGAAACUGUAACUACUCUCGAUUUCAUAGACACCUACGAGGGGCUCAUUGCGAAGGGAGAUCCAACGUUUAAAUGGGCCAGGCCCAACUCCGAGUGGGACCCAAUAACGCUGAACUACACAUCAGGAACGACGUCGUCUCCGAAAGGCGUUAUGCAUUGUCACAGAGGAACGUUCAUUAUGGCGCUGGAUACGUUAGUCGAUUGGUGUGUUCCAAAGAAUGCAGUGUAUCUCUGGACGCUACCAAUGUUCCACUCUAACGGUUGGAGCUUCCCGUGGGGGAUCGCUGCCGUGGGAGGAACCAACGUUUGCUCGCGUAAGAUUGACGCGCCGACGAUCUAUCGUUUGAUCGAGUUGCAUGGCGUUACGCACAUGUGUGCUGCGCCUGUGGUUCUCAACAUGUUGACGAGCUUUGGGAGAACUGAACCGUUGAGGAAACAGGUUCAUGUGCUCACCGGUGGUUCUCCGCCGCCGGCGGGGAUACUGAAGAGGGCGGAGAGAAUGGGGUUUGUGGUGAGCCACGGGUACGGGAUGACGGAGACGUGCGGGGUGGUAUUGUCGUGUGCGUGGAAGAGGGAAUGGGAUUUGUUUUCGGCGGCAGAGAGAGCGAGGAUGAAGGCAAGGCAAGGAGUGAGGACGGCGGCGGCAACGGCGGAGGUGGACGUUGUGGAUCUCAAGUGGGGAGUUAGUGUCAAGCGCGACGGGUUGACGCAGGGCGAGAUCGUGGUCAGAGGAGCUUGUGUAAUGUUAGGUUACUUCAAAGACCAAGAAGCCACAUCAAAGUGCAUAAAGAACGGAUGGUUACACACUGGGGACGUUGCGGUGGUUCACGAGGAUGGAUAUAUAGAGAUUAAGGAUAGGUUAAAGGAUGUGAUUAUAAGUGGUGGUGAGAAUUUGAGCAGCGUGGAGGUGGAAGCUAUGCUUUACACACACCCGGCUGUGAGCGAUGUUGCCGUGGUGGCCAGGCCAGACGAGUUCUGGGGUGAGACGCCGUGUGCUUUCGUGAAGCUGAAAGGACGGUUGGAGAGGCGUCCGUCGGAGGAGGAGAUGGUGGAGUUCUGUAGGGAGAGGUUGCCGCACUUCAUGGUGCCUAAAACGGUGGUUUUCAGGGAUGAGCUGCCUAGAACUUCCACCGGGAAGGUUCAAAAGUAUGUGCUGAGAAUGGUUGCUCGGGCUAUGGGGUCGCUACCAUUGCCAUCGCCAUCGCCGCCUCCACCACCAAUUAUAACGCCGAGUAGUCGUAUGUGAUUGGUAAUAAAUAGUUUUGCAUGUGCAUGA